CCAAGGAUCUACAGUGGAGCGGUAUUCGGGCACUUUAAUCGUGCGAUCUCCCGUUUGUCCCAGCCUACAAGGAUCUGCGCUAGCGCUCUUUUUUUCUCUCCCUUACCCCACGCCCAUUUAUACGCAACUUAUCUGACCCUCUUAAACAUUCAGUCCUAUUACUGUCUCCGGAUUAAACACUAGCCCGUCAACGGCCCAAACUGCGGAUCACGCAUCACGAGCAUUGAAAAUCUGUCAUGAAUUUUCUCCAACUCAUCGAAGCGAAGCGCGACGGCUCGGCGCUUUCCGAUGAACAAAUCAGUUACAUCAUCAAAGGCAUCACGGCCGACACACUGCCCGAGUAUCAAAUCGCAGCGUUCCUGAUGGCAGUGUACUUUAAGGGCUUGAAUGACGCCGAAACACGUGCUCUGACGCUCUCGAUGCGGGAUUCGGGUAUUGUCCUUCAAUUUCCGCGAGACCCAUCGCGACCUGUUGUGGAUAAACACUCUACAGGUGGAGUCGGCGAUAAAAUAUCGCUUCCUCUGGCUCCUCUUCUGGCAGCUCUGGGCUUCCGUGUACCGAUGAUUUCAGGGCGUGGUUUGGGUAUAACGGGUGGCACCUUGGACAAACUCGAGUCCAUUCCUGGCUUCAGCACAGCGCUGCCCGUCGAUAAGAUUGUCGAUGUUGUACAGCGCGUUGGCUGCGCGAUGAUCCGACAAACCGAGGAUAUGGUACCCGCCGAUAAGCGCCUUUACGCGAUGCGCGACGUGACGGCGACGGUGCCCUCUAUCAAUCUCAUUACGGCGUCCAUUCUGUCAAAAAAGUUAUCCGAAGGACUAGACGCCCUUGUGCUUGAUGUCAAGUACGGCGAGGCGGCAUUCAUGAAGACGCGCGAAGAUGCCCAUAAGUUGGCAGAGGCUAUGGAGACGCUCGGGAAUGCGUGCGGUGUCAAAGUCGAGGCGUUCCUAAAUGAUAUGGACACACCCCUCGGACGUACUGCAGGCAACUGGCUUGAAGUUGUCGAAUCGGUCGAAUGCUUAGAGAAUCGUGGCCCUGAAGAUUUGCGAGAACUAGUCCUUCAAUGCGCUGGUCGGCUGUUAGUAUUGACGGGGCGAGAGUCAAAUCUAGCUGCGGGACUUGCAAAGGCAACAACGUGUCUGGAGUCGGGAGCUCCGCGCGCGAAGUGGGAUGAACUGAUCGAAGCACAAGGGGGCGAUCUGAAAGCUUUCACGCAGAAGUUGCAAUCGCCUAUCGAAGCAUUUUCCCUACCAAUUCCUUCGAACAAAUCAGGAACGAUCUCGGAUUGUAACGCUCGGAUUAUCGGCGAAGUUGUGCGCGACCUGGGCGGUGGUCGGGCGGCUAAAGACUCCAUUCUCGAUCUGAACGUUGGUGUGGCCGACAUGAAGAAGCCAGGCGAGCGAGUGAAACAGGGUGAACAACUCUGCGUACUGUACGCGCGUAACGAGGUGGAAGCCGUAGCAAAUUCUGAGCGAAUUCUUCUGGCAUGGACAAUAGCAUAAUACGUGGACCACAACAAACGAUACAGAACGAGUUAUUGGCGAGCAGUGUUGAAUUGAGACUCAUACCUGUAUAUAUUCAACACAAAGCUGUGAUACUGACGUCUACGGAUACCGAAGUCAAAAAAGAGCGA